UGCAGCAACGACAACAACAAUCAAUCCACCCAGGUUGCCGUCGCGACUGACAUUGGAGAGGACUCCAUGUUGGCAUAAAUUGUUGUAGUAGAUAUAACUCAAUGCUCAUCCUCGUUCACAUCAAUCGGACACGCUCAGGAUUCCUUGCUUAUGAAUUGUCAUCAUCGCCAGACCAGUCUAAUCUUCACUUCGCCUUUGACGACAGGCUGAAGCUCCACCUAAUUCCAGUAAGCACACACUGUGGUGCAGAUCGAUCACUAACCAGCAAUGCAUUUCAGUACACCGGCACUAGCCCAUUUGACUCUGCUCUCCGUCUGUCCUUUAGCAUUCGCGACUUUAAGUAGCUCUAGCUUUGAUAGUACAAUCUCUUCAUCCUCAUUCCCAGUCACCGAUGCUACUACAACGAGCUCCAUCUUCACCACUGGCGUGCCUGAGUCGACCGUACAACCGACCCUAACGUCGUUUACGAGCGACCCUCAAUCUGGACAGCCGGCAGAUACGACGAGUGCGCUCAGCCAACCCACUGGGGAGCCACUGUCACCUAGCGGUCCGGAAGGGUCAAAUCUGACGACUCCCUUUAAUUGGACUAAUCCCGAAAACGGAGCCUUUCCAAAUGGUAGCCGUGAUGCCAGCGGUGAGGGUGCGCCCCCGCCUGGAGGAGGUCCCGGUGGCGAUCAACCGAACCAGCUUGGUGACGGUCUGAACAGCGAUCGACCGCCUGAGCCUGGGAACGUGCCCGGUGAUGAUCGAUCUCCUCCCCCUGCUACUGGGGUUGACAGCGACCAGUCUUCUCAGCCCGGAAACGGGGGUAACAGCACCGACUCAUCGCAGCCGCAGGGGAAAUCAUCCGGUCACGACGAUGGCAAAAUCGCGCGCGGCGGUGGUAUGAACUCGAUGAUGCACCAUCAUGCGACAUCCACUUGGUCCGACCAGCUAGCUUCCACGGCGAUGCUGAACGACGACUUUUUUCCAACAUCAACUAUGGCAGAGGACAUCUCUCCAACAUCGACCAUGGAUGAUGACUUCCCUCUCACUUCGACCAUGAGUGGUGAUGCAAGCACCAUGACCGAGGGACCUUCUUCCACGAUCACCGCGAGCGAAGAACCUUUCCCCACAUCCACCAUGAUCGAGGAUCCUUCUUCCACAUCUACCAUGCCCGACGACACGUUUUCCACAUCUACCAUGCCUGACGACACGUUUUCCACAUCGACUGUGAGCGAGGAAAUCUCUUCAUCCUCGAUUGUAUCGAGCAGUGAAAUUUUGACCUCUUCCAUCGUAACGGUGGAAGCCACUACUACUUCUUCAUCAGCCAUGUUGAGUAGCACUUCUGAGUCUUCAACCAUGAGUACAUCGUCAGAGAUUUCAACGGAGCCACCGACGUCGACGAUGACGAGUGCCUCGGUGCCGGCGACCUCGAUUCCUAGUUCGACGGAAGAGGUCUUCACAUCUAGCUCACCGCCGGAACCAGAGGCCAUGACCUCCACGAUUCCUGAGAGUACUUCGUCAUUCGAAACAUCCUCAAUGACGACAGUGCCCGAGAGUCCUCCAAUGACUAGUUCGGAACCUCCUACAACGUCUGCGCCAAGUAGUGUCGAGGCUUCGACGGUUUUCGUCACACCUCCAGCGGAGACUGUCACACAGAUCAUCGAGCCCUCUGCGCCGCCUCCAAUGCCGACAUCGACAGUCGACGCCGUAGCGCCGCCGCCUCCACCUCCACCGCCAGCAGCAGAUGUCCCACCUCCGAAUACAGCCACAAUUACAGUCACAGCUCCUCCGCCACCCCCGGUCGAGACACCGCAGCCAGCGCCACCGCCGGCGGACACUCCUCCGGUCGCGUCUCAGCCGCCAAAAGUCACCACCCCUGCUCCACCGACGAUAACAAAGCAGCCGUCCACGACGCCGAUGACGUCGCAUACCACGACUUCUCGGCCGCCCACAUCGACGAUCGAUGACAUGAACAGCGGCGGCGCGAUGAGAGCGAGGCCUGAUCUGUCGGGCUCCGCCUGGGCGAUGUUCGCGCUCGGAGCAGGAUAUGCCGCGAUGAUUCGUUGAAUUCGUCACGGACGACGUGGUCGCGUGAGCAGCUCUCAUAGGGAGCAUGCCGUACGACGGAUAUAUACAUACACACUUCUUGGGAUGGAGUUUAAGUUUACAUCAGCAAGAAUUUUUUUCCUGAAGCGAUUGCGAUCCGAUAAUUCAAGCGGUUUGACAUUCCGCCUCCAGUAUACAUUUACAGGCGACCGGGAGCGG